GAUAUGCCAGAACUCGAAUAUCGUUUCCUCGGUCGCACCGGACUGAAAGUUUCCGUUAUUUCUCUUGGAAGCUGGAUUACGUAUGGAGGUCACGUCGCCGAUGAGAGCGCAUUUGAGUCGAUGAAAGUCGCUUAUGAUGCUGGCGUAAACUUCUUUGAUACGGCGGAAAACUACUCUGCCGGCCAGGCAGAAAUCGUACUCGGGAAAGCGAUUAAGCAUUUUGGUUGGAAGCAGAAUGACCUCGUCAUUUCGACCAAGAUAUACUUCGGCCAAAACAACUCGGCUAAUCCCUCGCGUCCUCUCAACAACAAAGGCCUCUCUAGGAAACACAUCAUUGAAGGCCUCGAUGCAUCGCUCGCCCGUCUCCAACUACCUUACGUCGACGUAGUCUACGCUCACCGACCGGACCGGGACACACCCAUCGAAGAGACUGUUCGAGCCUUCAAUCACGUCAUCUCCACGGGCAAGGCCUUCUACUGGGGCACCUCAGAGUGGAGCGCAGCUGAGAUAGCAGAUGCAUGGCGCGCUGCAGAUUCCCUCGGCCUCAUCGGUCCCGCAGUCGAGCAGCCACAGUACAACCUACUUGUUCGGGAGAGGGUUGAGAGCGAAUUCCGCUGGCUGUAUGAGAAAUAUGGGACGGGACUAACGAUCUGGAGUCCUUUGAAGCAAGGCAUCCUGACAGGAAAGUACAACGGAGUGGACAAGCCGCCAGCGGACUCAAGGCUGGCGAACGCCACUGACCCGUUCUCGGUGCAGUAUAGCAAGACGUUUGGCGAUGAAACGUGGAAGGCAGAGCUGGCCCAGGUGGAGAAGUUGAGGCCCAUUUCGGAGGAGUUGGGGGUUAGUCUUGCGGCGCUGGCGAUUGCGUGGACGGUCAAGAAUAAAAAUGUUUCGAGCGUUAUUAUUGGGGCGAGUAGGCCGGAGCAGGUUACGGAGAACAUUCAGGCGCUGGAUGUGGUGGAGAAACUGACGCCUGAAAUCUUGGAGAAGAUCGAUAGUGCUUUAGGCAACAAGCCAGUGGAGCAGUUUAGGAGAUUGUAAAGAAGUAUGAAAGGCUUUUUACCUAUCCGUAUGCUCGAAAAUGCGUCGGUCGCUAGAUGCCAUGCUCUCAUGGUAGGCAUUAGGGUACUGGUAGUGUCUACAUUUGAAAUGAGAGGAUCGACCGUGUACCUUUAGUCGAUUG